AUGACUAUAUCAUUACUAUUCAUGAUUAUUUUUGUUGUAUAUUCACGUCCUAUAAAACCACCAUCUUUAGGUGAUGGAUUUAUUAAAGUAGAUAAUCAUUAUGAAUUUGGAAUUAACAAUCAUUUAAAAGGUAAUAAUGGUGAAACAGAAUUACAAUAUUCUGCUGAUAUAAAACCAAAUGUUCAUUCAUUUGAUUUUGAUGAAUCAAUUGAAAGUGUUGAAUGUCAAGGAGAUGAUUUGAUAGUUUCAACAAACAAUAAAUAUAUUGAAACAUGGGGUGAUAACUCACUUGUUACAGGGUCUAAUGAAAUGUGGAAAACUUCAUGUUCAUUAAAUAGAAGAGUAUUAGAUAUUGAACUAAUCUAUGAAAAAGAAGGAUUAUAUUAUUAUCUACUUACAACAGAGAAAGCAUCAUUUAAUGAGUAUUUCAAUCAAUUAAAAGUUAUUUACACUCCAAAUAAUAAUGAUAUAUAUAAUAAAGAAAAUAAAACAAAAGGAUUUAGAAAUGUGAUUUUUAAAGAAGAAAUUAAUGUAGAUCCAUCAACAGUUAAAAUAACAUCAAUACCAACAGAAAUAUUACAACCAAGUGAUUAUAUAGAAACAAAAGGAUCAUCAAAAAUAUUACCAUUUAGUAUUGAAGCACCAGUUGGUACUGUAAAUGUUGCACGUGAUGAUGAAUAUUGUAUAAGUUACAGACUUCUUAAAGGAAAUGAAGACAUUCAAGGAGAAAUAAUAUUUGAUGUUUAUCCUAAUAAUAAAGCAACAAAAGGUUCAUGGAUAACUAAGGUAAUAAAUUUUGUUAUCAAUUUAUUUGAAAAGGUUAAAUCAUAUCCAGUGAAAGAUACCAAAUAUUCAAGUGAUGAAGUAUAUACUCAUUGUAUUGAAAUAGAUAAAUCAUAUAAAGAAGAUAAAAGUUAUUUAGUUAAAAUGAAGAUGGAAGGAUACGAAGAAGUUGAAGGACCUAUGUUUUAUGUAGAGAAAGAUGAACCUCUUUUUAUAAUAACACCAGUGGAAGGAGAAUUUAUAGAUUAUACAAAAACAAAAGAGAUUUUAGUUCAAUGGGAAUAUACAAGUAAAUUUAAAUAUUCAAAUAACGUUAAAAUGCAAUUAAAAAAGAGUAGAUUAGGAUAUGAUCAAAGUGUUGGAAAAAGUCAACGUAUAAAUAAUUUUAAUAAGAAAGAACAAAAGUUUAUAUUAAAUGAUAAAAUGAAUAUUAAAAGUGGGUCAGCUUAUUAUAUUGAAUUAAGAUAUCAUUGUUGGAAAGUUCCAAUUAUUGGUGAUUGGUGUUCAACAAAAAGAUCAAAUAUAUUUACAAUUAGUAAUGGAGAAGUUAAAGGAGAAAUAGAAAUUAAAACACCAAUAUUAGGACAAACAUUUAAAACAGGAGAAGAAAUCGUAGUAACAUGGGAUUAUUCAGGGGAUAAAAGUAAUAUAGAAUUAAAUGUAAAAUUAAAAAGAAAUAGAUUGAGUAGUAUUUAUAAUAUGAAAAAGGUUAAAGCAAGUGAUAAACAAGUAAAACUACCAGUACCAAAAGCAAAAGAUAAUACAAAUUAUUUUAUUGAAAUUGAAUACUUAAAUGGAGACAAAAAACAAUAUUCAUACUCAGAUUUCUUUUGUAUUAAUCAUGAAAAAAUGAUUGAAUUUGAUGAUAUUAAAUAUGAUAAUGAUAAUAAACAACUAUCAUUUAAAAUUAAAACAUUAAAACACCAAAAAUUAGAUAAAUCAUACAUUACAAUUGAACAAGAUUUUCCAAUAUUGUUAUGGAAUAAUAAACCGUUAAAUAAUAAAAGAUAUGAUAUCAAAUCUAUGAAAAUAACUAAUCAAAAAGAUUAUUAUGAAUAUUCAAUUGUUAUUGAUGAUUUUACUGAUAAUUCAAUGUUCUAUGUAUAUUUAAGAUAUAAUUAUAAAUGUAAAAUUGGUGCUUAUCGCUGUCAUUCUGAAUAUUCAAAAAAAUUUUCAAUUCCAUAUAAUAAAAAUAUUGGAUGGAAUAUUGAAGAAGAUGGUAGUGUAGAGGAAAAACAAAAAGAUAUAAUGAAUUUAGAUUGUUCAACAUGUUCUACAACUAAUAACACAUUAAUAACAAAACAUUAUGUAGUUUAUGUGAUACAUUGA